GUCGCUGGGAGUUACGCUGUGGGAGCUGUUCGAGCUCGGCCGCCAGCCGUACGACACGUAUUCCGACCGCCAGGUCCUCAACUAUGUCAUCAAGGAACAGCAGCUCAAACUCCCAAAGCCGCAGCUCAAGCAACUGCAGUCCGACCGCUGGUAUGAGGUGAUGCAAUUUUGCUGGCUGCAGCCUGAGCAGAGACCCACAGUGGAAGAGGUCCAUCUACUUAUUUCGUACCUGAGUGUGAAGGGAUCUGGCGAGCUGGAGGAAGAGUUUGAGAAGCGUUGGAACUCCAUGAAACCCAAUGGUGGAACAGAUGUCGAGACUCACCAUGAGCCCGAACUGUCCUCUUACCCCCUGCUGGAGCACUUUUCUUCGGACGGGUUCCAUUCAGACGGAGAUGAUGUGCUGACGGUGACUCAGACCAGCCAAGGGCUCAACUUCGAGUAUAAAUGGGAGCGUGGGCGGCAUGAACAAUAUCCACUGAGCCCUGGAUGCCAGUCUUACCAAGAUAUGUACUAUACAACCAGCACUGGUGAAAGGCUCAGUCUCGGCGUGUCACCAUCUGGCUACGAUGACAAGGACUGCAACCCAAACUCCCGCCCGCUCGAGCUGGUACCCGUUCUGAGUGCUCGUAGCCCUUCGGUGGCAGGAGACUACUAUAUCCGUAUUGAAGAGCCUUUGGGGAGCAAUGUUGAACAGGACUACAGCCCACAGCAUGAUGUGAAACAGAAUGUGGAACUUUCAACAGAGGACCAACCAUGUGGAGAUAGUCCUUCAAUAAGCCUUUCUAUGGAGCUUCUGCUGGAACAAGUUGUCUGUUCUGCUAAGGAUGAGAGCCCAGUCAAUCCGGCCACAAACCAAUGCUCUAGCCCCUCCUAUGGAGAAGAGGCAAGGGAGAAGAACGUAAUUAACUGUUCAACAGAGGAUGAUCCCCUUGGAGCCUCUCUGACGUUUAAUCAGCUCGGCCACAACCUUCUUGGCCCAGAUGAGGCAGAAAAGAUCACUACAUCAGAAAAUGAGGACUGUAGUAACACCUCUAGAGACCCUAUAGAGCUCGCUGCAGUGAAAUGUGAAGGUGAGGAUGUAGAGCAGGGUAACCUUCAGGAAGAUCUAUCAUCAAAGGCCUCUUGUCCUGUUGCUUUCUCACCUCACUGGGCAUCCAACAUCUCCUCAAAUAAUAACAUCUGCAGUGAACCGCAGCAGCCUGGCAUUUGGUUAAAUUCUCGCUCGGAGUAUUCACAGGAUGUUGAGACCGAACCGUACGGUCCCGAAUCAUGGCAGAUUGCAGAGUCUGGGGACGGGGAUAUCGUCACCUGUUCAACAGCGGUGGAAGAUCAGUUUUUCGAUGCUGAGGAGUUUGCAGCACUUGAGUGUUCGAUCACGGUGGAAACAGACUCUGGUAACUCAGACCUUCUGUUCUCUUCUCCUGUGUCAGAAGCAACUGAUAUUAAAUCCUCAACGUUACCCUCAACUGAAAUCCGCCAUCCUCUAGCAUCCCCAGACAGCGAAGAAGUAACCCCUGAACCAGAAAUGGAUCCUCUCGGUGUUUGUGUUAUAGUACAUUCUGAACUUCCUACACAUUCAGAACCCACGCAUGACCUUCACAUAACAGAGGAAGACAUAUCUGUAGCUGGAUCCCAAGGGGCUUCCCUACAAAGCUUAUCUGAGGAACACUGUAAUCUCUCCCUUGACAAGGAUAAAGAAAGCCCUGAGAAACUGUUUUGCAAAGACUUUUACCAAACUCACAGUGACAGUGACGAUGAAGACACCAUGGAGCUGACUUCAGGGGUCUUCACAGACCUGUCUAGUGAGAAAGGAGACACAGCCCCAUCGUUCAGAUCCCUACAGAAACAAGUAGGGACCCCAGAUUCACUGGACUCCCUAGACAUGCCAUCGACUGCUAGCUCUUGCGAUGCCUUCAGCCUUGGAACUUAUGCACCUUCUGCACAGCACAAAGCGCUGGACAGCGGCUAUGACACAGAAAACUACGAGUCUCCAGAGUUUGUGUUAAAAGAACCACAAGAGAGCAGAGAGGCCGAGGUUUAUUACCAGCUGAGUCCAUCCCAAGAACAGAGCCUGGAACCUGGAGAUAUGCCAAUGUCCCGCUCAAUUAGCAGUGACUUGCAAGGUCUAGAUGCCAAGAAUCCCUACCGAGACUCUGCAUAUUUCUCAGACUAUGAUUCUUUCAAUCGGGAAGAAGAGGAGGAAGGAGACCGAGGUGAAGGGAAGGAGAAGGAAGGAGCCACCAAGACUUCUGACUCUAUAGAUAUAAACGUAGACCCCACGGCACCUAACUUAAUAGAAAGCACUGAGAACUUAAAUGAUGGCCAAGGUCAUUGCGCAGCAGCUGCAGAAACUGAUGCUCCUAAAUCUCCUUCACCCCUGCCUUCCCUGCUUUUAUCGGAAGACUCACUACUUUGGCUCCCUCCCAUCAUCAGGGAAGAAUCAGUAGAUGAAGGCCUGGGCUUAGAAUGUCCUAAAGACUGCUCUCUUAAUAAGCAACCCAACGCAAGUUCCACCAUAAAGUCGGCCUCGCACAGAACCUUCACCCUGUCCCCUGUCCAGCUUUGCCUCACCAAAGCAUGCACUGUAAAGCAGGGCUCAGCGGGAAGCAUCACUUUGACCACUGGACUUCAGCCAGCAGAGAAAGCACCCUCCAACAGGGAAUCAUUAGGAGCAUGCCACUUGCCCAAAUGCGUCUCGCCUCCUCUUAUCCGAAAGGAGGGCAGAGUAGGCGAUUCCACCGACGAUGAUGAAGAGGAUGAAGAAAGUGAGGACAGCGAUGAGUCCGACGAGGAACUCCGAUGCUACAACAUCCAGGAGCACAGCGAGGAGAGCGAAGAGGAACAUUCCACUGUCCCCGUUGUUAUCAUUGAUCAUGCCAGUGCUAGUCACCUGCGAAGUCUUCUAAAGGCGCCCAACUUCGUGCCCCAGGCUGCUCCAGAGGAGUCCGAUAGGAAGAAGAAGGCUGUAUCUUUCUAUGAUGAUGUUACUGUCUAUUUAUUUGAUCAGGAAAGUCCAACACUGGAUGGUGCAGAUCAGGAGUUGCCAGAACUGCCGACCGUGCUGCAGGAGGUUCAGCAGAUAACCUAUAAAGAGCCCUCCAACCACCUCUUAGAUGGCAGCUUUGAAUGGGAUGGCGAGUUGCCUGUUAAACCUGCGAAGAGCUCCUUUAUCACCUCACUCUCACCAGCGAUGCUGAACGCGGAAGUGAACAGUACCCCCGAGCCCUUACCGCUGGCCGUCCAGAAGCCAGUGCUGCCCGUUCAGCUCUCCAGGUUCAGCGUGUCUCCAACCUCCGUGUCCCGGUUCUCUAUAACGCAGGUGGCGGAUAAUGCCGCGGGGCCACUGGAAGCAGAUAAAGCGCAGUCCGGAGAGAAGAUCUGAGACGGUUCCGGAAGGAUUUUGGGGGAUUUCUCAGGACGGGAGGACGGGACGUCUGCUGCAGAUUUGGAGAUUUAAGGAGAACCUUUUUUUUUCCCUCCAUCUGUUACUUCUCUGCUGCUGCCGC